AUGGGGAACUCCCCCACCACUGCCAGCAGAAUGCACACGGGUCUAGCAGGUCUCCGGCAGCAGUACCAGGACUGGGCACUUGGUCUUGCAGGGGUAGGGGAUGCUGCUUUUAUGCCCCCCCUCACUGUCUCUGUAGAAACAGGACAUGUACUUGUAGACAACAUUAGAAUAUCAGAAUUUGAAGCAGUUAAGGAUGUCUCUCUCAAGUUGACAGCUAUUGUUAACCCUCCUCCACUAGAGUAUACAAAUACUAAGAAAAAUGGGCGAUUGACAAAUCAACUGCAGUAUCUACAAAAGGUAGUCCUAAAGGCUUUAUGGAAGCAUAGUUUCUCUUGGCCUUUUCAAAGUCCUGUGGUUGCCAUGAAACUAAAGUUGCCUGAUUAUUAUACCAUUAUAAAAAACCCAAUGGAUUUAAAUAUAAUUAAGAAGCACUUGGAGAAUAAAUAUUAUGUAAAGGCUUCAGAAUGUAUUGAAGACUUUAAUACAAUGUUCUCAAAUUGCUAUUUUUGACAAGGCACUCCACAAAAUGAAGCAGUUUCUUCUGUUAAAGAAAAACCAUCCUCCAAAGCAACAGAGAUGGUAUUGAAGCAGCAAGCGACUUCUGUGUUUCCUGAGGCAUCUGUUUCUCCUUUAGACACGGCACAAGGAGCUCCACUCAACUGUAGCUCACAAACUGUAGCCCAAGUUACAAAGGGUGUGAAGAGGAAAGCAGAUAGGACAACUCCUACAAUGUCAGUAGUUAAAGCAAAUAGGGAAUUUUCUCCAACACUCACAGAAAAACAAUCAGCAAGAAUGCCUCCAAUAAAAGAAAAUAAGAAUGUUUUGCCUGAUUCUCAGCAACACUAUAAUGUUGGAAAGAGUAUUAAAGUAACUGAACAAUUAAGGCACUGUAGUGAGAAUCUUAAAGAAAUGCUUGCAAAGAAACACUUUUCAUAUGCAUGGCCCUUUUAUAAUCCUGUUGAUGUUAAUGCUUUGGGACUCCAUAACUCUGACAUUGUCAUACAUCUGACGGAUCUUGGAACUAUUAAGGUAAAUUUUGCCUUAAUAAAGGAAAUUCUCUUGAAGUUUUGA